GUUCAUGAUGACUGCAGAACAUUUGCUUGUGUUUUUCCAGCCAAGAGACCAAGUUUGACUAGUGAUGAGCUUCAAGAGUUUAAGCAGCAGGCGGCAUGUCUGAACUUAAACGUACCCACCAUCCUGGGCACAACCGGAAGUGUGAUCAAAGACAGAAGGCUCCGAUCCAACCAUCACAAUGCGGUGGUGUUUCGUCAGGUUGUACCAUGCGUUUGCCAUGAUGCUGUGUAUGUCGGCAGGGGAGGACUUUGACUGGACGAAAACUGAAAGAACAUCCUUCUAUUUUGGGACCUUUCCGACAGGUUUCACCUGGGGGGCUGGCAGUUCUGCUUAUCAGACCGAGGGAGCCUGGAAUGUUGAUGGCAAAGGAAUGAGCAUCUGGGAUGCUUUUUCCCAUAAAAAAGGAAAAAUAUUCCAAAAUCAAACAGGAGAUUCCUCGUGUAAUGGUUUUUACAAAUUUAAGGAUGACAUUAACCUAAUGAAAGAGAUGAAGCUCAAUCAUUAUCGUUUCUCCAUCUCCUGGCCAAGAAUUUUACCAAGCGGACUCAAAGGUGAAUACAUCAAUGAAAAAGGAAUUAAAUAUUACAAUGACCUGAUCAACAUGUUGCUGGAAAAUAAGAUCAUUCCAGUUGUUACUUUAUAUCACUGGGAUUUACCACAGGUGUUACAGGAGAAAUAUGGUGGCUGGCAGAACGUCAGCAUAGUCAACUACUUCAAUGACUUUGCCAAUUUAUGCUUUGAAAGGUUCGGCAGCCGCGUGAGGUAUUGGAUCACAUUCAACAAUCCCUGGUCGAUUGCUGUAGAAGGAUAUGAAACAGGGGAACAUGCACCAGGUUUGAAGAUGAAAGGAACUGGCGCUUAUAGAGCUGCACAUCAUAUUAUCAAGGCACAUGCUAAGGUUUGGCACACAUAUGACAAGGGAUGGAGAAGGAAACAGAAAGGUCUAGUUGGCAUCUCGCUGACAGCUGACUGGGGUGAACCAGUAGACACCAGCAACCAGAAAGACAUUGAAGCGGCAGAGCGAUACAUCCAAUUCUACCUGGGAUGGUUUGCCACACCCAUCUUCAAUGGAGACUACCCUCAGAUUAUGAAAGAAUACAUUGGCAGGAAGAGUGGCCAACAGGGCCUUGGAGCUUCGCGGCUGCCGGUAUUCUCAGCACAGGAAAAGAGUUACAUCAAGGGUACCUGUGACUUCCUGGGCCUCGGCCACUUCACAACUCGUUAUGUCACCCAAAAAAGUUAUCCAUCAAGCAUUGGAGACAGCUACUUUGCAGAUCGAGACCUGGCAGAGUUGGUUGACCCACAGUGGCCGGACCCUGGCUCUGAAUGGCUCUAUUCUGUGCCCUGGGGCUUCCGACGCUUGUUGAACUUUGUCAAGACUCAGUACAGGAACCCAAUGAUCUAUGUGACAGAAAACGGCGUAUCAGAGAAGACACUGUGCACUGACCUCUGUGAUGACUGGAGGAUGCAAUACUACAAAGAUUACAUCAAUGAGAUGCUCAAAGCUGUCAAGGAUGGGGUAAAUGUCAAGGGCUACACUGCCUGGUCCCUCCUGGAUAACUUUGAGUGGAAUGAAGGCUACUCCGAAAGAUUUGGCCUCUACUAUGUCGACUUCAGGAACAAAAACAAACCACGGUACCCAAAGGCUUCAGUCCAUUACUAUAAACGCAUCAUCAGCUCUAAUGGCUUUCCCAAUCAGAGAGAGGUGGAGGGUUGGAAGAGGAAAGCAAUAGAGACGUGUUCUUCUAGUAACCAGCUGCUGGCAGCAGAUCCACUGAUAGGCCACAUGGAGAUGGUGACAGAGAUUGUGGUUCCCACUGUGUGUACACUAUGCAUCCUCCUCAGUGCAGUCUUCCUCAUGUUCUUGCUGCAAAGACGCUUGUGAGAUAAUCAGACACCUAAUCACAGGUCAAUAUGAGAGUGACAGAUUCAUUUACACGUACAAAGUCAAUAGAAUUUAUUGAAAUGGUGUUCCCACUGUAAGCAGAAUAUCAGAAUAGCCUCUACUUGUCAUACUUUGGAAGAAUGGAUUACAGUUUGCUAUUUGACUUUGAUUUCCCCCCUUGGUCAAAUUUCAAACCAUGGGAAAUAAAAGUUGACCCCUGUGAAUUAUUGUGCAAAAUCAAUUUUGAAACAUUUUGGUUAUAUGGUCACACAAGUUAAGCAAACUAAACAAAUGGAUCAAUGAAUAUCACAAAUAAAGAGAGAUGGAUUAAAAAUAAUGAUACAACUACAAAGAUAGUGAAAACCGUAAAUUAAAACACAUAAUUAGACUUA